AUGCUGACUGGUGUUCUUCUAAUACAAGCGACAAUAAUACUAUUUGCCAAUUAUCAAUUGUUUCCAUGGUUCAUUCAAACGAACUUUCAUCCAGUAUCUCAGUGCAUUCAAAACUGUUUAAAAAAGUUGGCCUAUCAACUAGAUUAUCCUUUGGAUUCUCCAUGGGUCCCUGGCUAUGCUCGCAUGCCGAAAACAUCAUGUCGAUCUUUCGGUGAGUGGCUCAGAAAGCAAUGUUCCUUCGCUUCUAACAGCAGCUAUUUGGACUAUUCUAUAUCGGAUCUACUUAAUUUAAUCGACGGUUACCAAGAUUAUCUUCAGCCGGAAAGUCGAUAUUUAAUAAACUGCGGUGCACAAGACGGGCGUACAAAUGAUCCAUUAUACCAGACCUUCAUCAAGUACAAAUACCCAGGCAUUGCGAUUGAGCUGCAAGAAGGCUUUUAUGCAAAAUUAAAGGAGAACCUACCAGCGAGUAAUAUUGCAAAAGUGAAUCAAGCAUUGGAACCUCACACUGUUCAACAUAUUUUUCGAGCCAAUGCAGUCCCACAAAGGCCUCUCCUCUUCAAAAUAGAUAUCGAUGGCUAUGAUUAUCCAGUAGUUCGAGCUUUAUUCCUUCAUCCGUUAAAUAAUUGUCGAACUGAAUUCGAACCAGCAUUUGUUAUGGUCGAAAUGAACGAAAAGGUACCACCACCAAUAAACUUUUACACACGAUAUCGCGUUCCCUAUGCCUACGCGGGAGAUCAUUUGUACGGAGCGAGUAUAACAGCAUGGACGCGCUUGCUUUCUUACGAAUUCGGCUACGUUCUAUUAGGAACGUAUGACUGGAACAAUUUGAUGUAUAUUCGAUAUGACCUCGCCCAACAUUUCAAAUUACUUUAUCAAUUCCCUCACAACAGCCAUGAUGUAUGGUUCCAUGGAUAUUGGAAUAGACCCGAGAGGGACGAAAAAUUUCCAUGGAAUAAAAAUGUUACAUAUUGGAGCGAUUCAAACACAACGUUACUGACGAAGAAUAGGAACAUUGAAAACUAUCUUCGUUCUACCAGGACGUUCACCGAAAAUAUUAACUGCUCGUACUUCAUCGAUGUCGAAUCACUUUAUCUUGAGCAGCGGUAG